AUGGCUUCCGCUUCCGCCGUCGCUUCCAAGGGGGUCCCGCUGGCCGCCCUCCUCAAGGAGCUCCUCGCCUCACCGUCCGCCUCCGCCCGUCGCCUCUCCAUCUCCAAGCUCUUCUCCGCCGACUCCAGCGAGGACUCCAGCGACGAGGACUCCAGCGACGAGGACGCCGUCGCCGCCGCCCGCCGCCGUGAGCGCGACCUCUCCAUCCGCAAGCUCUUCUCUGGAGACGUGCUGGACGAGGCGUCGAAGAUGCGCCUGCUGCUGGCGCUGACGGAGGACGACGUCGGCGCGGCGUCCAGGACUGGAGGCUUCUCCCCGCGCGGGUGGUGGGUCUCCAAGGAGGAUGGCGACGCGGUGCAGCUGAAGGUGGCGAUGCCGGGGCUGGGGAAGGAGCACGUGAAGAUGCGGGCGGAGAAGGACGUCCUGGUGAUCAAGGGGGAAGGCGACGGCGACGGCGACAAGGGCUCCGCACGCUACAGCUACCGCAUCGUGCUCUCCUCCCAGGCUUUCAAGAUGGACCAGAUAAAGGCGGAGAUGACGAACGGCAUGCUCAGCCUCACCGUGCCCAAGAUCAAGGACGAGGAGCGCAAGGACGUGUUCGAGAUCAAGAUCGAGUAG